CUGGCGCAUGUGUUUCCUUAUAAUGGCGUCCUGUAGAAAUACUCGAUGACGACUCGCGGACCUUGCUGCAGUUCUCGUUAGGCCAUUCGUAAUGGAUGAUCCACAGCUGCAAAGGGCUAUCUAUGCAAGUAUACAGACAGCGCGUUCCCAAGGAUACAGUCUGGGCGGCAACAAGGGGGGCGGACAGGCAUUUCGAUCCUCGGCUCCAGCCUUCACGCGGGGUACUGGCAGCAGCAGCAACAAUGCCGCAAUAACCAGGUCAUCCUACCAUCCAUCGGUUGGCUCCGCACGUGUCGGGAACCGCACCCAGCAGCCGCACCCGCACUCGCAUCAGCCGCACCCGCACCACCCUCGCACCUACAGCAGCAGCAGCCUGCCGGGGGUGGGAGCAGCAUCAGGUCCGCUAUCGGGCUCUGACGCCUCGGCGGGGCACGCGUCCCUGCGCAGCAGCUACGGUCAUGUGGAUGCUCUGAGGCGUGAUGGUAUCGUGCCCGCUAGCACCUCGGGAGCAGGUGUCGUACACACGGGAGGCCCCUCCUCUUCGGCAUUGUCGGCGGUGACGCCUGGUGGUGGUAGUGCUGCCGCUGCUGCUGCCGGUUCGCAGGCGUCACAGCAGCGGGGUUCCACGCCGUCCAGGGGCCACCUUGUUUCAGUACCACCGCGGGGAGCCGCACCCUCCCCCACACGCCUUCGGAACCAGCACCAGCAACGGCAGUUGCAACACCCCCAUCAACGCAACAUUCCGCCUCACAAGCAGCAGCACCAGCAGUCGUUGCCUGAGCGUUCCCGCGCCGCCCCUCGCUAUCCGUCCGCCAACCCCGUGUUAGAAGCAAUCGCAGCGGUCACGGCUGAGGCCCACUCGGCUUUCGAAAACGCCGCAACGACCAGGGUAACGGCGGCAAUGUUGACGACCGCGGCACCGCCGUCCACAGGCGCGGGUGCCCUCCGAUCCCCUGGUGCAACCACCAACACCGCCGCCUCAGCGGCUUCCUGCUGUACGGCACCCCCCUGCAUGGCCUCGACUUCCCCCAGUACGGCAGCCCCCGGCGGCGGCAUGUUCGUCAUGGGAUCGCCGCAUGCUGCAUCGCCGGCGGUGGGCGGCAACGCGCCGCCGCCUCGGGCGCUGCUUCCUGUUGCCAUGUCGGACGGACGUGUGAUGAUGGUUCCGGAGGGGAUUGAUCCGGCGCUAGCGCAGACUGUGCUGCGGGAUGCAGUGACUUGGGACACAGGCGUCACGUUUGAUGACAUCGCGGGUUGUGAUCGGGCCAAGCAGCUGUUGCAUGAGGCGGUGGCGCUUCCGCUAAUUAUCCCGGAGUUCUUCACAGGCAUCCGUGAGCCAUGGCGAGGCGUGCUGCUGCACGGGCCGCCGGGUACCGGCAAGACGCUGCUUGCCAAGGCAGUUGCGGGCAUGGUGGGAGGCGCUUUUUUCGCGGUGAGCCCCUCCUCCCUGACAAGCAAGUGGAGAGGGGAGAGCGAGAAGCUGCUGGCGGCGCUGUUUGCGGUAGCGCAGGCGCAUGCGCCCGCCAUCAUAUUCAUUGAUGAGGUUGAUGCGCUAGGUGGCUCACGGGGAGGCGAGGGGGAGCAUGAGGCCAGCCGGAGGUUUAAGGCGGAGCUCCUGCAACAGAUGGAUGGUCUGGCCAGCGGUCGGGGUGUCAUGGUGCUUGCAGCCACCAACUGCCCCUGGGAUCUGGAUCCAGCGCUUCGCAGGCGGCUAGAAAAGCGCAUCCACAUAGGCUUGCCGGACGCCCCGCAGCGCGAGUCGCUGCUGCGGCUGCACCUGAGGGGCGUGACGCUGGCACGCGAUGUGGACUUGGCCGUGCUAGCUGCAGCGUGCGAGGGGCUGAGCGGGGCCGACAUUCGGCUGCUUUGCAGGGAUGCUGCCAUGGCUCCACUACGGCGCCAAAUCGGCGGCUUGGCAACCCCCAGCUGCUCCUCCUCUUCCUCCUCCUUGCCGCAACUGCCAGCACCGUCCACAACACAACAACAGCAGCUACACCAGGAACAGCAACAGCAACAACUGUCUCAGCAGCAGCAGCAAUCGCCGCAAGGGCAGCAGCAGCAGCAGCAACAGCAACAACAGAGCAUGGUGAUACUUCGAUCUGCGGCCGACAUUCGGCGUCUGGCGGAUAGCGGAGAGCUCGCGCGUACCGCAGUUGUGUCGGCGAUGGAUCUCGAGGUGGCCCGUGGGUCACUGCGGCCAUCUGUGUCGUCAGAGCAGGCUGCGAGAUACGAGCAGUGGGAUCGAGAGUUCGCAUCCGUGUAGAUAGGUCCCGUGCUUGCGCUUGCAUGCAUGUUACCGAGCGAGCUCGAUCGCUGCGGCUGGCUUUCAUCCAAGGUGCAUGCUUCUAUUCGAUUACCAAAGCCGAUAACAUAAUAAAAACUGCUGCGGGCUGGCAGCUGGUGUAUGCUUACGUUGAGUGGUUACCACAGCUGCGAAGCGUGGGAGGUUAUCAUGCAUACCGAUGCAUGCAUGUACGGAGUACGUGUUACGGAAUACGACAGGACGCGUGUGUGCAUACAUGCGUGCGCUUGUCUUUAUUUCGGGCGGGUUGGUACGUACUUGAAGAAACGAAGGGCAUGCGACCACUAGGCGGAGCCUUGCUAUCCUGUCGGGAGCGAAGAGUCUUUUCCUUGUACGGAUCAGCACAGCGAGACUGUUGCUCGUUACAAGCACAUGUUGAUGCACGUACGUGUGGUACGGCAUGCCAUGCACGCACCUCUCAUAUCAACGUGUGUGGUAUAUACUCACUGCGGAUGCAACAACAAUACCCCAUCCUGCAACUGACGACAACAUGAUACACAG